GUGGAGAACUUCACAGUGACGUUCUCGGACGGCCGCGUCCUCUGCUACCUCAUCCACCACUACCACCCCGGCGUCCUGCCCGCGCAGGCUGUCAGUCACAGCACCACCCAGACGGUGGAGUGCUCACGGAGGGGGCGACUGGAGCUCGACUGCUCCGCCAGCGACUCGGACAACUCCUUCGACUACCCGCCAGAAGGCCACAACGGCAUCGGCUCUCCGUCGGUUGAAUUCAAAGAGCUGCUGGAAAAUGAGAAAAACAACUUCAGGCUGGUCAACACGGCCGUGUCUUUCCUGGGCGGAGUCCCCGCCAUGAUCAACCCGGCCGACAUGUCCAACACCAUCCCCAACGAGAAGGUGGUCAUGUCGUACCUGUCCUUCCUGUGCGCUCGUCUUCUCGACCUGAGGAACGAAACCAGAGCAGCUCGGGUCAUUCAGGGCGCCUGGAGGAAAUACAGACUGAAGAAAGAUCUGCAGCUGUACAAGGAAAGAAACAUGGCUGCUGGGAAAAUCCAGUUACUUGUGAGGAGUUUUCUGCAGAGGCGCCGAGCUCAGAGGCAGAACGAAGCAGCCGUUCUCAUCCAGUCGCUCUGGAGAGGCUACGCUGCCCGACACAGGAUGAGGCUCCAAAAAGAGGCUCAACUUCGGACUCUGCAGCACAACGCAGCGACUGUCAUCCAGACUCAGUGGAGGAUGUUUUCGACCAUGAGGGCUUACCAGCGCCUCAGAUACUACACCAUUGUUGUCCAAGCACAAUGGCGGAUGAGCAGGGCGGCCUCAGCGUACAGAAAGGUCCACUGGGCGACCACUGUCCUUCAGAAGCACUCCCGAGCUCUGGCCUUGGGAAGAAAAGAUCGCGAACACUACCUCUCUCUUCGAGCUGCAGCCGUGAAAAUACAGAGAGGGUACAGGAGGUGGAAAGCUGAGAAAACCUCAAAGGAAGAUCGUGCUGCCCAAGUGAUACAAGCUGUGUUCAAGAAAUGGUACGAGGGGAAAAUGGCUGAAAAAAACGCUGCCGCUGUCCGCAUUCAGUCCUGGUAUAGGAUGCAGACAUGUCUCCGUCAGUAUAGGGAGAUCAGGAGAAGUGCGGUGCUCAUCCAAGCCCGGUACAGAGGCCACGCGCAGAGACGCUGCUUUCAGAAGUUGAAGCUGCAACACCGCUCUGCUGCCGUCAUUCAGAGUGCCUUCAGAGGCCACGCCGUCAGGAAGCAGGUGGUGAGGAUGAGAUGUGCUGCGGUCUUCAUCCAGCGUUGGUUCAGGGCCUCUGCGGAAAGAGACGCGGAGAGGCAAUUGUUUGUGAGGUUGAGACGUGCCGCCAUCACCAUACAGGCGGCUUAUCGCGGUAAAGUGGCUCGGGAGUCCCUGAGACAACAGCACGAGGCAGCGACGGCGAUCCAGGCAGCUUUUAGGAAAUAUGCUGCCCAAAGGCGCUACCUCCGUUUGAGGAAAGCUGCGUGUGUGAUGCAGGAAAAGUACAGAGCCACGGUCUUGGCUCGUAAGACAAAGGAGGAUUACGACGCUCUCAGGCAUGCCGCUCUCACUUUACAAGCUAAAUGGAGAGGCAGAGCUGACAGGAAGAGGAUCGAGAAGUGGCAUCGCUGUGCAACACUGAUACAAGCUUACUACCGUCGGCACAAAGCGAAAACAGAGUACAGGUCCCAGAAGGCAGCUGCUGUCCUCAUACAGCGUCAUUACAGAGCUCAUGUGGCCGGACAGGAGACGAGGAAAGCAUACCUACACGUGAGAGCGGCCUGUGUUACUCUCCAAGCUACGUUCAGAGGCAUGAGAGUCAGGGCGGAGUUGAAGAAACAACACCUGGCAGCGACCGUUAUUCAGUCUUCAGUCAGGAUGUUUUUAUGUAGGAAACAAUAUUUCCUCCAGCAGAGUGCUGCGAUAAUCAUCCAAAGCCGAUACAGAGCUCUUCUAAUGUGCAGGGCGCAGCAAAACAAAUACAGCGAAAUAAAGCAGGCGGCCUUAAAGAUUCAAUCUGUCUACCGGGGAUUCAGAGUAAGACGAGACCUGAAGAGGAGGCACACCGCUGCCCGAGCAAUCCAAGCUCAGUUCAGGAUGCACAAAAUGCGCAUGGCAUAUCUCGCCACCAAGUGUGCUGCCAUCAUUAUUCAGGAACGCUACAGGGCCAAAAUGCUCAGGGACCAACAGAUGCAGACGUUCAGAGGCUUGAAAUCUGCAGCUGUCGUCAUUCAGGCAGCGUAUCGAGGCCACGUGGCCAGGAGGAAGAUCACACGGCUGCACCGAGCAGCCACAAUCAUCCAGAGAAAGUUUUUCACCGUUAGAGAGAGAAAAAGAUUCCUAGCUCUCAAGGCUGCAGCUCUGCUCUGUCAGCGCAGGUACAGGUUAGUGAUCCUGGCAACAAAUGACCGUUUAGACUACAUAUCAAAGCGUAGAGCGGUCGUUUGUUUGCAGGCAGCGUUCAGGGGGUGGCGGAUAAGGAAGCAGUUGCGUAUCCAGCAUGCCGCAGCUUUAAUCAUUCAGUCUUACUUCCGAAAGUACCAGCAGAGAAGCUACUACAGGAGGCUCAGCUGGGCUGCAAAUGUGUUGCAAGCACGUUUCAGAGCCAACAAGAAAAUGAGAACAGAGAUGCAAGUACUGAGUGCAAAGAGGAGCGCUGCCGUCGUCUUACAGGCCGCCUUCCGUGGGAUGAAAUCCAGACAAAUAAUCACACAAAGACAUCAGGCUGCUGGUGUUAUUCAGAGAGCUUACAGAGCCCACUGUGAACACAAGCAGUAUCUGACCUUAAAGUCCUCCGUCCUCACCAUCCAGCGGAGAUACCGGGCCUCUGUAGCAGCAAAGGAACAAACGCUAAAUUAUCAAAACAUGCGCAGAUCUGCUGUGGUCCUUCAGGCAGCUUUCAGAGGACAGCAGGUCAGGAGGGAGGUUACUCGCUGGCAUCAGGCUGCAACUGUCAUACAGUCUGUGUUCAGAAAACACAGAGAAGAAGUUAAAUAUCAGGCAAUGCUCCUGUCUGCCACCAUCAUCCAGAGAUACUAUCGGGCCUGCAUUCUGCAGAGAAACGAGAGACAACAAUUCCUUAAAAUGAAACACUCUGCCAUCGUCCUUCAGGCGGCCUUCAGAGGUCAUCAUGUGAGAAGCGGUGUUGCAAAGAUGCACAGAGCAGCGACUAUCAUUCAAGCAAACUACAGGAGGCAUAAACAUCAGUCAGCCUUCAGGAGACAGCUCUGGGCAGCCUGUGUCUUACAGCAGAGGUUUAGAGCUCAGAGACAGAGAAAGACUGAGAUGAAACAUUAUCAAGAGGUGAGGAGAGCUGUCGUUGUGUUACAGGCGGCAUACCAUGGAAUGAAAUCAAGACAAGUCAUCAAACAGAAGCAACAGGCUGCUGGUGUUAUACAAAGAGCAUACAGAGCCUGCACUGAGCGGAGACAGUAUUUGAAACUGAAAAUGUCUGUCCUCACCAUUCAGCAGAGGUAUCGGGCCACUGUAGCAGCGAAAGCUCAAAGAAGCCAAUACCUGAAUAUGCGCAAAGCAGCAGUCACCCUUCAGGCAGCUUUCAGAGGACAGCAGGUCAGGAGGGAGGUUACUCGCUGGCAUCAGGCCGCAACUGUCAUACAGUCUGUGUUCAGAAAACACAGAGAAGAAGUUAAAUACAAGGCCAUGCUCCUGUCUGCAAUCAUCAUCCAGAGAUACUAUCGGGCCUGCAUUCUGCAGAGAAAAGAAAGGAACCAGUUUCUCAAAAUGAAACACUCUGCCAUCGUCCUUCAGGCGGCCUUCAGAGGUCAUCAUGUGAGAAGCGGUGUUGCAAAGAUGCACAGAGCAGCGACUGUCAUUCAAGCAAACUACAGGAGGCAUAAACAUCAGUCAGCCUUCAGGAGACAGCUCUGGGCAGCCUGUGUCUUACAGCAGAGGUUUAGAGCUCAGACAGAGAGAAAGACUGAGAUGAAACAUUAUCAAGAGGUGAGGAGAGCUGUCGUUGUGUUACAGGCGGCAUACCACGGAAUGAAAUCAAGACAAAUCAUCAAACAGAAGCAUCAGGCUGCUGGUGCAAUUCAGAGAGCUUACAGAGCCCACUGUGAACACAAGCAGUAUCUGACCUUAAAAUCCUCCGUCCUCACCAUCCAACGGAGAUACCGGGCCACUGUAGCAGCAAAGGAACAAACGCUAAACUAUCAAAACAUGCGCAGAUCUGCUGUUGUCCUUCAGGCAGCUUUCAGAGGACAACAGGUCAGGAGGGAGGUUACUCACUGGCAUCAGGCCGCAACUGUCAUACAGUCUGUGUUCAGAAAACACAGAGAAGAAGUUAAAUACAAGGCCAUGCUCCUGUCUGCAAUCAUCAUCCAGAGAUACUAUCGGGCCUGCAUUCUGCAGAGAAACGAGAGACAACAAUUCCUUAAAAUGAAACACUCUGCCAUCGUCCUUCAGGCGGCCUUCAGAGGUCAUCAUGUGAGAAGCGGUGUUGCAAAGAUGCACAGAGCAGCGACUAUCAUUCAAGCAAACUACAGGAGGCAUAAACAUCAGUCAGCCUUCAGGAGACAGCUCUGGGCAGCCUGUGUCUUACAGCAGAGGUUUAGAGCUCAGAGACAGAGAAAGACUGAGAUGAAACAUUAUCAAGAGGUGAGGAGAGCUGUCGUUGUGUUACAGGCGGCAUACCAUGGAAUGAAAUCAAGACAAGUCAUCAAACAGAAGCAACAGGCUGCUGGUGUUAUACAAAGAGCAUACAGAGCCUGCACUGAGCGGAGACAGUAUUUGAAACUGAAAAUGUCUGUCCUCACCAUUCAGCAGAGGUAUCGGGCCACUGUAGCAGCGAAAGCUCAAAGAAGCCAAUACCUGAAUAUGCGCAAAGCAGCAGUCACCCUUCAGGCAGCUUUCAGAGGACAGCAGGUCAGGAGGGAGGUUACUCGCUGGCAUCAGGCCACAACUGUCAUACAGUCUGUGUUCAGAAAACACAGAGAAGAAGUUAAAUUCAAGGCCAUGCUCCUGUCUGCAAUCAUCAUCCAGAGAUACUAUCGGGCCUGCAUUCUAAAAAGAAGAGACAGAGAGAACUUCCUGAAAGUAAAACAGUCUGCCAUCAUCCUUCAGGCACAUUUCAGAGGCUGCUGUGUUAGGAGGGACUUUAAGCGACAAAAGCAGGCCGCCGUUGUGAUCCAGUCACGCUGGAGGUGUUUGGUGCAGAAACACGACUUCAUGAGGAAGCGGGAGGCGGCGUUGAUUCUCCAGCGGAGGGUCCGGGCGCUGCAGCUCGGCAGGUUGGAGAGGAACAACUAUGUCCAAUUGAGGCGAGCUGCCAUCACAUUUCAGACUCACUGCAGAGCCUGGAUCGCCAGACAGCAGGCAUUGGAGGAAGCCAGAGCAGAGAGGAGGCUUCGUUUUACAUCCGCACUCUUCCACCAUCUCAGUGCCAUAAAGAUCCAGAGAGCUCUAAGAGCUCACUGGGCUUUAGAGUCGGCCAAAAGACAAAUCCAUUGUGUCGUCACCAUACAGCGAUGGGUGAGAGCGAAGCAGCAGAGGAGACGGUAUCUGGAGGAGCGGAGGAAGGUGGUCACAGCCCAGAGAGCCGCCCAGCGCUGGUUGGCUCGUCGCCACAAAGCCGCGUCCGUCCUCCAGCAGGCCGUCCGCAGGUUUCUCCUUCUCAGGAGGCAGAAGAGGGUUCAGCAGGGCAUUGUCAAAGCUCAGGCUCUUUGGAGAGGACACCGUUCCCGCCGCCUGAACGACAACCCCAAGGUGGUGGCGUUAAGGCACCGCCUGCGCAAAGUCUCCGCCGAGGUCCGAGAGGAAGACAAACUUCGCAACAAGACGUCGUCCGCCCUCGACUACCUCCUUCGAUACAAACACUUCUCCUACAUCCUAGAGGCCCUGAAGAACCUCGAGACGGCCACCAGACUGUCCCCGGAGUGCUGCGAGCAGCUGGUCGAGAGCGGCGCCACCAACGUCAUCUUCACGCUCAUCCGCUGCUGCAACAGGAGCGUCCCCUGCAUGGACGUCAUCACCUACUCCAUCCAGAUCCUCCUCAACCUCUCCAAGUACCACAAGACCACCGAGGCCGUGUACUCGGUGGAGAACUCAGUGGAGACUCUUCUGGACCUGCUGCAGAGAUACCGGGAAAAGGCCGGCGAUAAAGUGGCAGAAAAGGGCGGCAGCAUCUUCACCAAAGCCUGCUUCCUCCUCGCUCUCCUCCUGCAAGACAAACGCCGCGCCGUGGAGGUUAUGAAGCUUCCAAAGGUCCUGGACAAGAUCCGCAGUAUUUACCGCCUCACCGCACGCAAACACAAGAUGGACGCCGAAAGGACGGUGCUAAAACAAAAGAUGAACGCGUCAAUCAACGGGAGCUUUUAUGUUCCAGCGACGCCUCGCAAAUCCAAACCUCCGCCAAAGUUUGCGCCGGAUUGGGUUCUCAGAAAGGACAAGCUUAAAGAUAUUGUGGACCCUCUGCGAGCCAUUCAAAUGGUGGCUAACACACUGUCCAUUGUGUUGUAAAUAUUCAAGCUUUCAAAUCUGUAUUCAUCUCUUUUUUUUUACUUGAAGAAAAUAUUGUUUUAUGGAUUGUUUUAUCUCCUUUUUUUUU